AUGUUUGACUACCGCAGGGCCAGGAAGCAGCCCCCAGACGACGAGGACCUGACCGAGGCCGAGGUCCUCAGUGCGGCCGCGCCGGGGGACGAGGGCGGCGUCGCCCUCGGGGACGUGGUCCAGCUCUACUUCAGGCACUCGGGCAUGGACUGGGGCGAGCUCGUGAGCCUGCGGGUGCUGUCGCUGUCGCACAACGAGCUGGCGGACAUCCGCCCCGUCGCGGACCUGCCCGUGCUCGCCGACCUGAACGUGAACCACAACCGCAUCUGCGACCUGUCGCCCGUGCUGCUGGCGGCGAACAACCGCGUUGCCUCGCUGGAGGGCCCGGGGCUGAAGGUUCUCCGAAGGCUGUCCCUCUUCUCCAACGAGCUGAGCGACCUGGACGCGCUGGUGCUGCAUCUCGCCUCGCUGCCGGCGCUGCGGUCCCUGGACCUGGGCGGCAAUCCGUGCUUCCAGGACGCCUCGCAGCGCUACGGCCUGGUGCGCGCCGUGCCGCAGCUCGCGGAGCUCGACGGGGAGCGCCUGGGUGCCGUCGACCGCCAGCUCGCGAGCGAGUUCUUCGAGUGCGCUCAGGAGGUCGGCUUCCAGGAGCGCCCCCUCACGGCGCAGAGGCCGAAGACGUCGCCGCCGGCGCUGGCGCCCCAGGCGCCUGCCGCGGCGGGCGCGGCCGGCGCCUUCCCCGGCCUCACGGCCCUGCCCGUGUGGCGCCCGGACGGCUCUCCCGCGACCACGGGGUCCAGCGCGCCGCCGGCCUCGCCGCGGAGGUCGCCCGAGCUGGAGCCUCCCCAGCUGCCUGACGAGGACGGGGGCGACCCCGCGGAGAGCGUGGCGAGGCUCACCCGCGUCGUGGAGGCCUACCGCCUCCGCCUGCACACCAUCCAGGUGGACUGCGAGAACCUGCGGCAGCAGGCCAGGGACGCCAGCUCGGCCGAGCCGGAGAUGGGCGCGGCGUGCCUCCGGGAGCGGAUCGCCGAGCUGGAGGAGGAGAACCGCCGCAUGCACGAGGCCGUGGCCGAGAACGCGCGCCUGCGGGCCCUCGUCGAGGAGAAGGAGGCCGAGGCGGCAGCACGCCGCCUUGCCGCGGGGCUCCCCGAGGCGCCCUCGCGCCCCGGCACGGCCGCGGGCGCCAGGCCGGGCACGGCCUCGGGCGCCAGGCGCGGGGAGUGA